AUUUUCUGUUUGUAUUUUUACCUAAAAGUGUCCAGUAAUUUCUAUCGGAUUUUGAUUCAUACGAUUGAAUAUUGAAACGUUUGGGAGUACAUUCUGUUUUAAUGAUACGUCCUAUGGAAUCUGCCGGCUUUAAUGUUGUUUCGUGGAAUGUGAAUGGACUACGGACGAUCAAUAUCAAAGACGCUCUAUCUCAGUUGGAUUGUUCUAUUUUGGGUAUACAGGAAACAAAAUUGGCAAGGGAUGCUUUAUCCGAGGAUGUUGGUGUUGUAGACCACUACACAGCAUGCUUUUCGUUUUGCCGUAAUCGAACUGGAUAUUCAGGUGUUGCCUUAUAUUGUCGUGACAAUUUUAUGCCGACAAAGUCGGAGGAAGGGCUGAGUGGAUUAUUAAAUAAGAAGUACUCGAAGGGGCCUGACAGUCUGAUAGCAAGCUAUGGAAAUGUUGAAGAAAACGAAAAGACGAAUGCCGCUGCGGCUGAUGACGACGGGAGAAGCAUUUUGACGCAACACACGGUAAAGCUGCCAAAUGGAGAACACAAAUUACUUACUGUGAUCAAUGUGUACUGUCCAAGACUACGUACGAAUGAUCCCGACGAUCCAGUGGACAACACCGAUUUCAAAUAUACAUUCCACAAUACUCUAGGAAAGCGAGCCAAUGCGCUUGUGGCGAACGGAUCCUUUGUCAUUGUAAUGGGAGACUUUAAUAUCUCACACAGACCUAUCGACAGAGUCGAGGCUGAUGAUACAGAGGAGUUUGCUACCGAUGUCUUCAGGAAAUGGAUUGACGAGUUGUUAUCACUUGGAUUUGUUGAUACUUUUCGAAUGCUUCAUCCCGAUACUUCUGACGCGUUUACAUGCUGGUGCAGCCGAACAAAUGCUAGACAAAAUAAUUACGGCAGCCGAAUCGAUUACAUUAUGGUCGAUAAAGAACUAUCGACCUAUCUCGAAAAGGCGGAAGUUCAUAGCGAUAUCUAUGGUAGCGAUCACUGUCCCAUUUCGGCAACAUUUCACACAUUAAUUCCGGUUCCGGCCGAGAAACCACCGCUGGAUGCAGCCAAAUAUUACAAAGAAUUUUGUGGAAAGCAAACGAAUUUGAAAGAUUUUCUGAGUCGAAACGACGGUUGUCCCACUCAAAAUGCAUUCGAAAUUCUUAACCGUGCGAAAAGUAAAAGGAAUAAUGGCCCUGAAGGCAAACAAGCCGAUAUCACCAAAUUUUUCGCAAAAAAACCAAAAAUAACAAACGACACGAUGACCGUAGAGAGUAACUCGUACAGGCAUGACGAUAUGACCUCAAGUGGCAAAACGUUUGUCGAUUUCCAACAGAGAAAAGAGAAAAGUUUGGCCGAUGCAAAUCAGGAUGCGAGUAAGAAGUGGAAAAACCUAAUGUCAACUCCGAAUACUCCGUCCUGUGCCGGUCACAAUGAGCUUUGUGUUCUUAGAACAGUUCGGAAGAAAGGAUUGAAUCAAGGCAGAAAAUUUUGGGCAUGUCCUCGUGGUGUGGGGCAAUCGAACGAUCCCAAUGCUAAUUGCAAUCACUUUGCGUGGGUGGUGAACACGAAGUCGUAAAUUCUUAUUUUGAUGAAAAUGAUGCCUUGGGUGUGACUGUGACGGUGUGAGUGUGUGAUUUUUGUAAAUUUGUAUUUGCUGUGAUUAAUAAAAUUCCCGUUGAAGACAAAA